CAAACACAACGACGUCCAAGGCGCUCCAUGACAACAACAUCCGCGAAGGAAUGGUGCCAAUUACAUGUAUCGUUAAUUAAAUCACUCUAAACGAAGCAGUUAUUCGAAAAAUUAAUAUACCCGCUUAUAUUUCUUUAGACCGAUGGAUGGACUAUGCAAUAACGUUAGCUAGCAAAUACGCUAUCUGCUAGCAUAACAACACAGCCAGCUAACGUUAACCAGUUAGCCAUAGGUUGCUUUGGGAGGUAACGUUAGCUAGCUAAGCUAACGAUCUCUGCUUUGUCGUCGCAACUGAAACUUCAGACACCAAGGGCACCUGUCAAACUUGAAAACUACAGCACUUGCGCUCCCAUCUAGGUCAUAGCAAAAACAACCUCAGUCCGAGCGUCCCUCGUCUUCUGAGGUGAGACUAAAGCAAGGUAAAGACAGAGGUUAGAAGGCACAAGUGCCUCCAGCACCACUGGUCUCCUCUUCCAGAGUGUGACUCGUCGGUCCCCACGACGUCACCAAUGCGACCAUGGGAAAUAGCAGUGACUAGGCGGCCACCAACAGCCCCCUUGAACCAGAGGAGGUUCCCAGGAGAGCCCUGUGACACCCCAGUGCACCUCAGGAGAAGCCCGCCAGUGAGACGACAGUGGGGGAGCCGAGACCGACCGGUAGCACUGCAGAACGCCCUGCUCCAGGAUGAGAACUUCCACCGCCCUCUCUUUUCCCAGCAACGUCAGCAGGUUCCUUUAGAUGAGGCCAGACAGUACAGCCACUCCAGUGCACCGCCACGCAUGCUGCACCCUGCCGCACACCCACCUCAGCAUCAACAGACCCCCAUCAUGCUGGAUCUACACGACCAGAUGCACCAGGGAUCCGUUCCCAUCUCUUACACUGUUACCACGGUGACGACGCACGGUUUCCCCAUCCACACUGGGCAACCUCUCCCAGGGUGCAACAGUCAGCAGCUACCAGCAUGCUCGGUAAUGUUCAGCGGACAGCUCUCUCUGCUCUGCUGCCUUCCUCCUCCUCUCAUCCAAGCCUGUACAAUGCAGCAUUUGCCGGUGUCUUACCAAGCCUUCCCACCGCUGAUCUCCAGGGAGCAUUUUAUACUGCACCCCAACCCCCCGGGGCCCCCCCACCAGCCUCCUCACCUUACUCCUCUCAGCCAGUUCCUCCCGCUCCAGAGGCAGCACACACGCACGCCUCUCCAGAGGGUAGAGAAUGAGGUGGAUCUCAGGGGGGACCAGCACCCAUUAGGAACGUUCUCUUACCCUCCCUCGAGCCACCACCACCCACCAGCGAUGCCUCCCUCUGUCCCCCUCCAGUACCUCCCUCAGGAGCCUCUGCACCAGGAGAUGCCCUUCCCAGUGCCAUACCCCCACAUGCUGCCGCGGCGUGUCAACGGCCACAGGUACCGGUUACAGCAGCACCCACCUCCGCCCCCACCUCCCUACUACCCAGGCUUCCUGCCGUACUUCCUGUCGAUGCUUCCUGUGCCUCCUACAGCAGUGGGACCAGCCAUCAGUCUGGACCUGGACGUAGAUGAUGUGGAGAUGGAGAACUAUGAGGCAUUAGUGAACCUGGCUGAGAGGCUAGGAGAGGCUAAACCACGAGGAAUCACCAAGGCAGACAUUGAGCAGCUUCCAUCCUACAGGUUCAACCUCGACAACCAUCAAUCUGAACAAACGCUGUGUGUCGUGUGCUUUAGUGACUUUGAGUGUAGGCAGCUACUGAGAGUAUUACCCUGCAACCACGAGUUCCACGCUAAGUGUGUCGACAAAUGGUUAAAGACCAAUCGCACUUGUCCAAUCUGCCGGGCGGACGCGUCAGAGGUGCACCGCGAGGUGGAGUGAGUGACACCCAGGCUUUUGAGAUCUUUGAUUGGAAAGCAGCACAAAACUAAACCCACAGAGUCUGUCUGUCUGUCGUAGCGCCUGCCUCAGCCUGCCUGGGGACGCCUGCCACCUACCCUGCCUGCGUCCUGCGCCCCCCACCACUCCUGACCCCCC